AUGUCUACAUCUAAAAAAUCAAGCGGACCGGUGUUACCAAUAGCGUCUGCGUUCCGGCGAUCGAUCUCUCCGUCCGGUCGGUUCUGCAAUUCGGCGAUGGUGAUGUCAGAUGUAUCGUCGUUUGCCUCCUCAUCCUCGUCGUCGUUUCCGUAUACUUCGAAUUCAUCGAGUGGCUUCUUUCAGAAUCACAGGUCAUCAUCUCCGACGCGCGUGAACCUUCACUCUCUGUCUUCGUCAUCUCCGACGCCGUCGGUAAGGUUUUCCAUCAACAGAUCUGACUCGCCGGGACGGUCUAUGGCGAAUCAGGUGGUGCGCAAGCAUAAUGGUAACAGUAUUUCGUUGCAGAAGAGGACUUGCUUGUGCUCGCCUACUACCCAUCCCGGAUCGUUCAGGUGCGCUUUGCAUAAGAAUAAUUUUGGUAGCAGUUGUGGGAAUAAUCAUUCCAUAUCAUACUCGCCCAACCGAUUGAACGCUCGGAGAUCGGCGAUGACGAAUUCUCUUGUGCGGAUCGGAACGGUCGAAGGCGAUUUGGUUAAGCGAGCUUUGGCGGCUUUGAUUAGGCCUUCGUCUCAUCAGCAGCGCCGCCGAGUCGAUUUCCAGCCACGUCUCAAUUUCUUUUGGUUACAGCGUUAUGUGUUCCGUCCAGUUCGCCGUUGUGGUAGACACGUAAUUCGUUUCCGUUCGUCGUGUAUUUGUCUCCGGUUAAGUAUUGCAGCUGUGGAUGGAAGAGUUCAAAUUUUUUUGAAGUUUGGGAUUUGGGACCUUUGA